CCGUCAACAACUACAACGGAGUCGACAACAACUACAACGGAGUCGACAACAACUACAACGGAGCCGACAACAACUACAACGGAGCCGACAACAACCACCGCGCAGCCGACGACCACAACACUUCCAACAACAACUACAACGCAGCCGACAACAACCACAACACAGCCGACAACAACCACAACACAAGAACCAACAACAAAUCCGACUACAACCACAACGCGCCCGACAAAAACGACAAAGACGCCUACAUCAACAGUGACGGAGUCGACAACAAGUACAACAACAGAAGAUCGUCCGACCGUUUAA